AACGCCCUGGCGCUCACCCCGGAGCUCCAGAGUGAAUGGGGUGUUGCCUACGUGCUAAGUUGAGCUGCACUCCCGAAACUGGGCUCGGUGAACUCUCAGCAGGAGCCGCCUCCGGCUGCAGCGCGGAAAGGAGAGAUAGAGGAGAGGAAAACAGAAGAAAGCCAUGGAGGCAGACGUCAUCACGGACCUCCGGUGCAAGCUCAAAGAGGUGGAGGAAGAGCGGCUGAAGGCCGCGCAGUACGGCUUGCAGCUGGUGGAGAGCCAGAAUGAGCUGCAGGCACAACUAGAUAACUGCCGUAACGAAAUAAUGACCAUCACUGAGAGUUACGAACAGGAAAAAUACACUCUUCAGAGAGAAGUCGAGCUCAAGAGUCGAAUGCUAGAAAGUUUGAGCUCAGAAUGCGAAGCUAUAAAACAGGAUCAGAAAAUGCACCUGGAAAAGCUAGAAGAACAACUGAGCAGAACCCAUGGACAGGAAGUGAACGAACUGAAAAAUAAGUUAGAGAAACUGAAAGCGGAAUUAGAUGAAGCUAGGCUCAGUGAAAAGCAGCUGAAGCACAAAGUGGAUCACCAGAAGGAACUCCUGUCUCAUAAGUCGGAGGAGAUGCGGGUGAUGUCGGAGCGUGCCCACGAAACCAUGUCUUCAGAGGUGCUGGCCCUUCAGACUGAACUCGCAGACGUGGAGAGCGUGAAGACCACCCUCCAAGAAGAAGUGAAUGAACUGCAAUACAGACAAGAACAACUAGAACUUCUUAAUUCCAACUUAAUGCGCCAGGUCGACCGGCUCACGGAGGAAAAAGAGGACCGAGAGAAAGAGGCGGUUUCUUACUACAGUGCCUUAGAGAAAGCACGUCUAGCAAAUCAAGAUCUUCAAGUGCAAUUAGACCAAGCCCUCCAGCAAGCCUUGGACCCCAACAGUAAAGGCAACUCCUUGUUUGCAGAGGUGGAAGAUCGAAGGGCAGCAAUGGAGCGUCAGCUUAUCAGCAUGAAAGUCAAGUACCAGUCACUAAAGAAGCAAAACGCAUUUAACAGAGAACAGAUGCAAAGAAUGAAGUUACAAAUCGCCACAUUGCUGCAAAUGAAAGGGUCUCAGACCGAGUUUGAGCAGCAGGAACGGCUCUUUGCCAUGUUGGAGCAGAAGAACGGUGAAAUUAAACAUCUGUUGGGGGAAAUUAGAAAUCUGGAGAAAUUUAAGAGUUUAUAUGAAAGUAUGGAAUCUAAGCCUUCAGACGACUCGGGUGCUCUGAAAGAUACCACCUAUUACACAGAUUUGCUUCAGAUAAAGCUGGACAAUUCAAACAAAGAAAAUGAAAGCACUAAAGGUGAAUUGUCCAUACAGCGAAUGAAAGCAUUAUUUGAGAGCCAGCGGGCUCUGGAUAUCGAGCGAAAACUUUUUGCCAAUGAGAGGUGCCUGCAGUUUUCCCAGAGUGAGAACAUGCGACUGAGAGCUAAAAUAGACGAGCUGAAACUGAAGUACGAGCCCGAAGAGAAAAUGGAAGUGCCCAUACUCAAGAAGAGGCGUGAGGUCCUGCCUGUGGAUGUGAGAACCCCUGACGAUGGGUGUGUCCGCAGCGCUGCGGGGGAAGAAGUUCCCAGAUCGCCGCGUCAGAGAGAGGAGGCGCAGUCCUGCGCUAGCCGCUUGGAAGGUAACAACUUGCAGUUAGAAAAGACAGUCUCUGUAAAUACACCACGAGGCACUCACUCUCCUCGUCAAAGUCUGCCCGCGAGUAUUCAGACACCCAUGAGUAUUCAGCCAACGAAGGAGAAGAAACGCGUGACGCUUAGAGAAGUUCCCACCGUGAGUGCGAGAAGCGGAAACUCUCCCGACGCUCCCAGGUUAGAUGCUGAAUCAGAGCUUCCAACAGAAGUUAAAGAAGAGAAAGAAACUGCAAGCAAGUUGGAAAAGAAAACUUGUAAGAAAUCACACCCUAUUCUGUACGUGUCCUCCAAGUCCACGCCAGAGACCCAGUGCCCCCAGCAGUGAAGACUGCCCUUUAGUAAGAGGAAGGGACGACUUGCCCAGCCGGUGGCUGUGGAGCUUGAUUAAGAUUGUCUUUAUCUGAAGGAUGCCAGCCUGCAGGUUAUUUUUUUCUUCUACUCAUUAUGCCGAGACCUGGCAUGUUUAUCCUCUUUGACCAAAUGUUCUAAAUUUGGUAACGACGCUCAGCAGGAGAGUUCCCUAAGUGACGAUCCUUCACCGAGCUUCUAUGUGAGUAACUAACAGCUGAAGGGAAGUAUUGUUAUAAAUCUGUCUGUUGCACUGUGUAUGUAUUUUUAAGUGGCGUUACACAGCCAGAGCCAUAUGUUGUAUUGUAACUGGAUUUUGUCAGUGUUUAUGG